AUGUCUUGUCACCUCCUAGUUGAGCUCGAACAUAAAGCAUAUUGGGCAAUACAGAUCUUUAACUUUGAUUUAAAGGUUGUUGGUGAAAAAAGGAAGCACCAACUCAAUGAGCUUGAUGAGUUGAGGUUAGACGCUUAUGAGAAUGCUAAACUCUACAAGGAAAGAACCAAGAAGUGGCAUGAUAAACACAUAACAAGAAGAGAAAUCAAAGAAUGGGACUUCGUAUUACUUUUCAAUUCACGAUUGAAGUUGUUUUUUAGUAAACUUUGUUUGAGGUGGUCGGGGCCAUUUCAAAUAUGUAAGGUGCUCCCGUUUGGAGCUAUAGAAAUCUGGAGUGAGGCCAAUGGAGUUUUCACUGUGAAUGAUCAAUGUUUAAAGCAUUAUGUAGUUGGGAAUCUAAUAGAAAAGGGGUAA